AUGAAAAGUGUCCGCUUUAACGGAUCUCAGAAGCAGAGGAGAUCUGAGGAUCUGCGGAUCGUUCUCGUGGGUAAAACCGGAGCAGGGAAGAGCGCAGCAGGAAACACCAUCCUGGUGAGGGAAGCAUUCCAGUCUGAACAGUCUUCCUCUUCCUGGACGUAUCAAUGCAAAAGAGCUGAGGGGGAUGUCGGGGGUCGAAAGGUCACCAUCAUCGACACUCCAGGGCUGUUUGACACUAACUUCACCCAAGAAGAAGUGCUGCAGAAGAUCCAGAUGUGUGUCUCUCUGUCUGCUCCUGGGCCUCACGCCUUCCUGCUGGUUCUUAAACUGGGCCGGUUCACCAAGGAGGAGCAGGACACCGUCAAGAUAAUUCAGACCACUUUUGGUGACCAAGCAACUAGGUACACACUGGUGCUGUUCACACAUGGAGACAAACUGAAGACACAAACGAUUGAAAGCUUUGUCUCAAAGAGUGAAGAACUCAAAGAGCUUAUUCAGUUUUGCAAUGGGAGAUAUCACGUCAUCAACAACAAAUCCAAAGACCAGGUGCAGUUGGAUCAGCUCCUGGAGAAAAUAGACAGAAUGAUCCUGGACAAUGGUGGAGGAUAUUACACAACCAAGAUGUUUAGAAAAACUAAAAAGGCCACAAAGAAAGAGAAGAAAAGAGUUGCAAAGGAGCUGAAGGCAGCGGAGCAGCAGAGCAGGAACACCCUGAAGGCAGAAGUUAAAAGACAAUUACACUUAACCAGAGGGUCAAAGAAAAACGGCCAAUGCGUUCUGCAGUAG